CAACCCUAAAAUUGGUCCCUGAAAAACGCAAAACAGCCACAAAAAAAAAAAAAAAGGGUUCGGCCGUCUUUCAGUUUCAUGCUCUCCUCCGGCUUCCUUUUCUCCCUCCAUUCCUACUAUUAAAUCUCGGCGGCACUUCCGCCUGCUCAGAUUGAUUGUCUGCUUCAGCGGUGUAUGAAUUUCGAUCUCAUCUUUCCUCGUACCGAGCUCCUGAUUCAGCUUACUCUCCGCUGCUCUGUCCCGCUCCUGCGAACUUCUCUCGAACUCCGCCACUCACUUCGACCUCGGACCGAGCUGCAUCUCUGGAAUUGGCCUGGGAUGAAAUUUUAUGUUUUGUCCUAUAAACCCUAAAACCACCGUCCCAAGCUACACCACCGCCUGGUUCAAUUCCGCUCAACCCUUAACUCGUUUAGGAUCCGAGUCCUCUUUCUGAAGCUCCCAUGGAGGAACAGCUGGCAGCCACUGACAGAAAGGUUCUUGUCGAGAUAGUGAAGCUGGCCCAGAAACGAGGAAUGAAAAGUAAUAAAGGGGCCUGGAAGGAUUUCUUGAAUGCUCAUGACAGAAAGUUUGGGGCUUCUAUCAGUGAUCCAUCUAAGAGGACAAAGGAUAUAUUGGUCGCCUUCCUGAAUUCAUUUACCGACCAGAAUGAUGUAAAGUUCUUAAUGAAAGUUUUACAAUGGCAUUUGAAUCGCGGCCUAGUGGAGCAAUUGAAGCACGAAUCUCCAGAUAAUGAGUCACUCGAGCAGAGGCUUGUUCGCCUAACUAUCGAGCAUCCACAAUAUCCGUUGGACUAUUCUUUCCCAUCAUUUGAUGAGGACUGGGUUGUGAUGAAGCUUAAAAAAUCCAAGUGGAAGAAGUCAACUGCAAUGGUCGCUGUUGAUUGUGAAAUGGUUCUAUGUGAAGAUGGUACAGAAGCUUUAGUGAGAGUAUGUGUCGUAGAUCGUGAUCUUCAGGUCAAACUGAACGAGCUUGUGAAGCCCGAUAGAACCAUUGCAGAUUAUAGAAGUGAGAUAACUGGUGUCACUGCAAGCGAUUUGGAUGGAGUUAAUUGCUCACUGGCCGAUGUGCAGAAUUCUUUGAAGAAGAUUUUGUCACAUGGAACCAUCUUGGUGGGCCACGGUUUAAAUAAUGACCUUAAAGCAUUGAAGUUAGAUCAUGCAAGAGUAAUCGACACAUCUUACAUCUUCAAGUACCCAGGCGAACCUAUUCUUCGAAGACCAUCCUUGAAUAACUUAUGUAAGUCAGUUUUGGGCUGCGAAGUUAGGAAGGUAGGUGCUCCACAUAAUUGUUUAGACGAUGCCUGUGCAGCAAUGAAACUCGUCCUUGCUUUGAUUGAGCGUGGAAUUGAUGGUGAUAUACUGUUUGUUCAAGAGGUUAUCCCCAACUCUGAAAUAGAAAAGCUCUUUAUUCACCGAAUACCAGUUAAUCUGCCUAUUGAAGAGCUGCAGAGGGCCAUCCCAGGGAAGUAUAAGCUUGAAACCAAGCCUCCGAAGAAUGCAAAUGGGGAUAAGUAUUCAGCCUUCGCCGUUUUUGAGAGGCCAGAGGAGGCUCAUUCUACAUUUGAGAGUUUAAAAGGCAGCCUAGAAAAGGACUCAUUUGGACGGGUACAGAAACUCAUCACACUUCAGCCGAGCUCAGGAGGCACUGCUAGCAUUUACAUUCGCAAAAUUGUGAGCGACUCUUUGGGAAGCCAAGCUUCCGAGAAGAAACGAGCUGCCACAGAAGAACCGGCCCUGAAUGAAGCGAAGAAGCAGAAGGUAGAGGAGAAGAGCCAGUGUGAGGAUCACUUGGAAGAGAUCGGGAGGUUGAAGCAAGAGUUGAGUCAAAAGGACCUCCAACUAAAGAACGGCUGCGAGGGCCACUUGAAGGAGAUCGAGCAACUGAAGCAGGAGCUGUCUCAGAAGACUCUUGAGAUCUCUGUUCUGCACAAGAUUGUGAAGCAACUCAAAGGAAAGGAAGAAAAGGGUAAGAAGGGGUCAUGAUUAGGAUUUGAUUGAAGCUGUUGCUCUCUCGCUGAUUCUUUACUUGAACCUCAACUGGAUCCUCUAGUUUUGUGCGGGUUGAUUGCCGCAGAGGAAGAAAGACAUCGGGCUUUGAAGGAGAUGAUGUGAGUCGUCAUGUUAUUUUGACUAAAAGGGGCUGAAAAAAGUGGUAGACGAGCAGAAUUUUCAUAUCAAUUUUGCUUCCGAAGUCUAUUGAAGAAGAUUUUAAUAGUACAUCUUUAAUUAGACAUUGUCUCAUCUUUUAACUAAAGUUAGUUUCGAUAUUGUACCA